UUCUUACUGAGCUGCUGUUAGCGAUGUGGACUUUAACUUGGAUCAUUUGGAUUCCGUUAUUUUGCAGUUUGGGGUUUUGUGAAGCUCAGCAGAGGCCAGUGUUUGCAUGCGGCGGUAACAUCACAGGGUUGUCUGGGCUCAUCGGGAGUCAGGGUUACCCUGGAGUUUACCCACCUAACACCAAAUGUGUGUGGAGAAUCACGGUACCUCAGGGUAACGUCGUGUCCCUCACCUUCCGCGCCCUCGACCUGGAGAACGCCGCCCUGUGUCGAUACGACCAUGUGGACGUGUACGACGGCUUCAUUAAUGGACAGCGGCUCGGGCGCUUCUGCGGCACCGCCAGGCCCGGCGCGCUGAUCUCCAGCAGCAACAGGAUGCAAGUCGUGAUGGUCUCAGACGCCAACACGGCCGGCAGCGGCUUCCUGGCUGCGUACGCUGCUGUUCGGCCGAACGCAAGAGGGAAGCGAUAUUGUGGCGGCCUCUUGGAUAAACCCUCAGGAACCCUAAUGACCCCUAACUGGCCAGAGCGGGACUAUCCUCCAGGUGUGACAUGCUCCUGGCAUAUCAUCGCACCUGAACACCAGAUUAUAGAGCUGAAGUUCGAGAAGUUCGACGUGGAGAGGGACAACUACUGUCGCUACGACCACAUGGCGGUUUACAACAGCAUGGAAUCGAGCGACGCCCACAGGAUCGGGAAGUUCUGCGGAGACAGCCCUCCUGCGCCGAUCUACUCUGACGGCAGCCACCUCUUUGUUCAGUUCGUGUCUGAUCUGAGCCUGACCGCCGACGGCUUCAUCGGACAUUAUGCCUUCAAGCCUAAAAACUUCACCAUCGCCGGAUCCCCACCGCCCGUCAUUUCAGCCAUUCCAACAACUUCAGCACCGAUAGCCCUCACAUAUUCAGAGGAUCUGUGCAAGCAGAAAUGCAGGAGGAGCGGAACAAUCGAAAGUCAUUACUGCUCCAGCAACUUCGUACUAACAGGGACGCUCUUCUCGGCUGCCAUGAGGGAACACAACGUUCUCGCCACCUUCUCCAUCACCAGCGUCUAUAAGGAGGGAAACCUGGCCAUCCAGCAGGCCGGGAAGAGCAUGAGCACCAAGGUCCUGAUCCUGUGUAAAAAAUGUCCUCUAGUCCGCAGAGGUCCGAACUACAUUAUUAUGGGUCACGUGGACGAGCAGGGACAGGGCGUCGUCUCUCCUCACAACUUUGUGAUGGCCUACAAGACGAAGAAACAAAGAGAGCUGGCCGUGCUGAACAACGUCCGCUGCUGACGGUAGGAGACGGUAGGAGUCUCUCGGAUUCGUACCCCGUCCGUACCCCAUCAAACGUCAGAAACUGUGAAAGUUAAAUAUUUGCAUACGCGCCUGUCACGGCAGAUGUGGGAUUUGAAUCAUUUCUGCCAUUUAUUUGGACUUUUGGUGGUGCAGAAGGUUGCGCACAAUGGACCCUAAUUCCUGCCGACUUCUCUGUGCUCAUAUAAAUAUGGCUAAAUGGCCAAAAGUAUCUGGACAGCCCUCCUUAUUAUAAGGUUCAGGAGUUUUAUUCAUUCAUUUAUUCACUUUCUUAACUGCUUAUCCAAU